CCGGUCCCGGACAGUGUUACAACGGCCGCGCGCGGUUAAUCCGCCGCUACGUUCGCGCGGCAGUUCGCGCCGGCUGAGAGACGUAUACCUACACGGCCAACCUACCGACCUACCUACCUACCAACCAACCUACGGUUCCCUCGUCCCCCAUCCGGGAUCCUCGGCUCCCUCCCCGGGCGGCGUGUCUCCGUCGAUUCUUCCGUCGUCGCCCGUCUCUCUCUCUCUUUUUCUCUCUCCUUCUCUCUCGCGCGCGAGGAUCGCCGAUCCGCGCCACAGUCGAUGCCCGACUCGCUCGCUCGCUCUUACUCACCACCGCGGGUCGACGGCGCACACCGGCGCCCGACACCGGGAUUAAAGGCCCAUGCCGCAAGCGGGAGUCGCGACGGACUCGUCCCUUUCCGGGCCUCGCCGACCCUGACGGUGCGGACCGACCGUCUUCGACGAGCACCGCCACUCGUCUCGGCCUUACCUGGGCCUCCACGCGCCUGACGGAGCGGUCCGACCGCCCGAGCCGAGCGCCACCACUCGACUGCCGUCGCACCCGCAUCGCUACAGGGUGACCCGUCGCGCCUGACGCAGCCGGGGUUGCCGCCCUUGCGCAGUGCUCGUGCGCAGUGGACCCGCGUCGCCGCCCAGCCUGACGGCGGCCGAGCCGCCGACGUCGAGCCUGCCGCCGGGCGCGCAGCCUGACCGCGAUCGUCGCCGACCACGUGGCCUCGCGCCGCCCUAGGAUGCUCACGCGGACGUUUCGAUAGGGGAACUUUCGCAAGGAAAUCGACCAGAACCCCCGCGCUACUCGCGAAGUGAGUGCUGUGACGAAGGACCUAAGUUGUUAAACAGUGCGACGAAGACUGUUGAACGGACUGUCGCGCGAUCUGCUCGUUAAAUCUACGUGAGCUUGAGUGAGCGACCUCGUUAAGGGUGUGGAAUGACAGAGAAGACAACCCGAAUAACCGAGGCAGCCCAGGAGCAGCAAGGCCGAGGGUGACAUCGGCGUUGUGAUGAGCGCAUAUCUCGGAGUAAGCACCCCUGCCCCGUCGCGAAUCGACCCGAAGUAUCCGCCAGCCAUGCGGGAAAAGGACUCCAGCCCCAGGAAGAUGCCGGGCCACAUAAGCCCGAAGCAGGCGAGCAUUUACCCCCUGAGCGUGCGCGUCCCCGACGCGGAGGAGCUGCCCUACGACCUGAGCCACGGAAACGCUCGAAGCAGUCCAACGAUGAACCAACAGCCGCACAUGAGUCCAGCAGCACGACCUCCAGCAUCCCACCACCACGAGCUGGACUGCGAGCCGCUGGACCUGCGAGUGGACCGGAAAAAGGAGCACCUGCGGGACGAAAACCAGAACGACAUCGAGGUCCUGAACCAAAACAGCCUAGGAAGUCUGCCAUACCACACGGUGUUGUUCCCCCAGCACCACGCGGUGCAUCCGCUGGUGCUGGAGGCGAUGUACCGCUCCCAUCACCACACCCCAUCGGUGGCGGACCUGCCGAAGAUCCAGGUGAGGGCUCUGCCGACGAUGGUACCCCUGCCUCCGAACAGGUUCUCCACAACGUCCUCAGCUACGCAGGCUCCAGCCCGAGCGGCAAGCCCUGUGUCUACGCAGCAACAGGUGGCGCAGCAGGCUAACCCCCAGCAACCUGCGCCGCAGCAAGCUCAGGUGACCCAGCAGCAACAGGUGACCCAGCAGGCGCAGCAGCAGAGCUCGAGCCUGCCCACGUACUCCAUCGCUGCAGUCGGCACCGGACUCAAGCCCAAGGACCGGUACUCUUGCAAGUUCUGCGGCAAGGUCUUCCCCAGGUCCGCCAACCUGACCAGGCACCUCAGGACCCACACCGGCGAGCAGCCCUACAAGUGCAAGUACUGCGAGCGAUCCUUCAGCAUCUCCAGCAACCUGCAACGGCACGUCAGGAACAUCCACAACAAAGAAAAGCCGUUCAAGUGCCCGCUCUGCGAGAGGUGCUUCGGUCAGCAGACCAACCUGGACCGGCACCUGAAGAAGCACGACGCUGAUGGACCCACGAUACUGGACGAGGUGCGCUCGCGUUAUCACGGGCAGAUGCCAAGAGCUGAUGAAUCUUACUUCGAGGAGAUCCGCAGCUUCAUGGGGAAGAUCACCUCCCAGAGACAGGGUAUUCCCUAUUUCCCUGGGCUCCUGGGGCCGCCCAAUACGGAGGACUUCAGAAACGACAAGCAGCAGCUACAGAUGGAGGAGAAGAGGGGCGAUUCUUCCUACUUCAGCGACCGGGAUAAUCUCAGCUCGAGGUCCAGCAGCAGCGCGAGCAGGCCUGAAAGUGUACACGAUGAGCAGAGGGAUGCAGCUUCGCCGCCUUUGUCUCCUGGGAACAAUACCUGAGGAUCGGAUAUCUCGGUAUCUGGACACUCUUCAAGUCUCGCGAGUUAUCUGGGAUCUGGUCCUUUCGGGGAUGAUUCCUGGAGCUCUUCUUCGGGGACGGAGAUGUAGGUUAGGUCGAAGGUGCUCGAUCUGGACGGCGAGGUCCUGGAAGGCUCGCUCGUCCUUCGGACUGCUGCAGGUGGAUGCUGCACCUUCUAUCCUCGUUCUGGGUCCCUUUCUUCUCAUGGGAACUUUCUCAGUUUGGGACCUGGGAUAGGCGCAAAGCCCGUCGUUUCGUUACUGGUACCGUAGUUGUUAGCUCGGGAUCUUAUUGCAAGAAGAAUGGAUUCUCGACCGAGGUUUUGUCCAUGGCUAGAGCGCACGCGUAGUAGGAAGUGCACAGUACCUGAAGAAAACCGCGAAGAAGUUGACGAGCCGGAGAAUCGCCGACCGUACACUCGCGAGAACAAGCUGCACUUCCGGGAAAUUUCAGAUGUUAUGGAGACUGUGUGAAGAUAAAAAGAAAAAUUACACUCGAUGGAAUUACGAUAGUUACAUCAAGCAGGAUCACUGCUAAAAUUCACAUAUUUGCUGAUAUUCCGGAAUCUAGAAUGUCCCUUCACACCCAGAAACAGAAAACGCGACGCGUUUCUUAUAUACCAUCUGCAAAAUGGAUAUAUAAAAGUCAAUAAUUCUGAGAUUUUGCGCGUGGAUUUGAUGUAUAAUUUGUAAUAUAUUCAACGAACUUUUAAAAGGUUUUAGAAGAGAUUUACAUUUAAAAAAAAAAGUGAAACAACGACAUUUCGGAAUAGAAGAACAUUAGUAGGUGCUUUUAUCCCCCAUUAAGGUAGUUCUAAUAAAUUAACGUACAUAACCUCAUUCAUCUCCAGGAAACUUCGGAUUACGCCUUAAGCAAGGUAGAAAUCGAUUCGAUCAUCGCCAACAUCCUUCGCCAAUUACCGGGUAUCUAAUCUCCUCGAGCCAAAGGCGUGCCGCGUUUUCAGGAAUUUCUUGGAGAGAUCUGCAAACCCGGUGAAAAAUCUUCCGGAAUGAUCGCAGUUUCACCCCGAACGAUGUAUCGUCGUUUCCCCUCGCACGAGACGUUUCACCGUAUAUCCUUUCACGAGUGCCACAAGAAACAGGACUCCUUCCUAAAAAUGCAUUAGUAUAACAAAUCAGUGAUCCACUUCUUCAUUACUGACCAAAAAAGAAAAAUUGAAAUCAUCUGAAUGAAUAUUCAAUUCCUUAUCUCCAUCAACCAAUCAGCAAUUUGAGUGACACAAAUGCGACACCGGCUGAGAAAAAUUCAAUAUUUGCAAAAAAUUGGUUAAAAUGAAACGCUCCAGUCUUGUCUUCAUCUUCCAAUUAUUGGUAUGCAUGAUAAAUGCGCAAAGCCUCCCGGAAAAAAUGCAAUAUGUACAAAAAAUUGAAAAAAAAACGACUGAUCAUUUCCAUACAUUGAAACGUAUCAAAUUCAACCUUCGUCUUCGAAUCGACAGAACAUGCGCAGCGCUUCCUAAAUGGACGCGGUCAUCAUUUGCAAAAAAUUAUUCAUCAGAUGAGAUCGACUCGCACGUCAAUGAUUCUAAUCAGUUAAUAGGAAUACGGGGCAUCGAAUACGAGAUGUUUUAUUAUCGCGAUUAUGCAUUAAUCGAGGCGACUUCGGGCGGCUCCAGAUAACUUCACGGCGUAAAAGAGGCGGAAAUCGAUUCGCAGGAUCGUCGUCGAUGUCCUCUGUCGAUCUACGAGUAUCCUCUCUGUCGUAAUCGUCUCACCUGGUCUUUUUUCCUCUUUCCUUGCCCCGAGGCUCGGCCGAGUCAUCGCGAGCCGAGAAUCGACCCGAAGAAGUCGCGAAAAAACUUCCCAACCAAUUCGUUCCGGCAGGAAAAUGGCGCGCGGCUCUGGAUUUUACGACCUAGAAAGUGAAUUUAAACGGCCGCGGUGUAUCAGUGCCCAAUCGGAACGUCUCGUGCCCGAUGAUAAACCUGGGCCGAUAAACCUGGACAGUGAAAAUGCUUUAGAAAUCGACAGGGCUAGACCGAAAGGGGGGCGAAAAAACCGACGCCGGAGUACGCAGAGACAAACUGGCAGCCGCUUCCUAGACCGAAAUCGAUCUUUAUUCUGCAAAUAUUUGUUAUCGCGUGACGAAGGCAUAUUUCUUGGUGAAUUUUAAGGGUUUUGUAGGAUUUACAAACAAAAAUCAACUCACUUCGUUUGAAACGAUAGAGUAGACGGAGGAGGAAGAGGAAAAUGGCGGCCGCGCUUCCUGGACCGAAGUCGAUCUUUAUUCUGCAAAUAUUCCCUACUGCCUGACGAAUUGUACUAAAAGCUUAACAAAAGCCUUAUCCUUGAUGAAUUUUAACUGAGUAUAUAGGAUUAACGUACGAAAAUCAACUCGGUUCAGUUGAAACGAUAAAGUAGGGGUCGGCGUAGGAAGAAACAAAAUGGCGGCCCCAACGAGCGGCUAUGAAAACGAUUUCCCCGGUUUAUGUCGUGAUAAUAUGCAGUUUACGUUGAUCCGGUAUUUUACGAGGUGGCAUAUACCGUGUAAAAAAUGACAAUCCAACAUUUUAUUGAUUCAACGAAACAUUUUUCUGCAUUUCUCUCUCUUCCUCUCUAGAGAGCGGUUUUCAUAGGUUCACCUCUUCGUCCCGGAAUCCGAAGUUCGGGCGGCUUCGCCCUUCUCGCGGCCGCGACUUUCUAAGCCCGGCCGGGGGCAGCUGCAGCUGCGGACGCGUUUCUAACGCGGCGACGGCCUCGGGUUCUCGCGUUACACUUUGCCACGCCCAGAGAUCGGCGCUCGGCUCAUCGCGAAAGUGAAACGCCGAGCCGCCUUAUCCGAAGGGGGUUCGCCGCGAGCGAGAGCGGCGCCGGUUCCGCGAGAUCGAGAUCGAAUCGAUUGGCUCGAUCGGUCGAUCAAGAUCGCGCUUCCCUAGGGCGAAAGCGGGAGAGCCACCCUAACCCUAUCGACCGAUCCCUGGGGAUCGAUGUCCGAUCCUUCGCGCGGAAUUAAUUGUCGCCGUAAAAAGCGACUGGUGAGAGAAAGUGAACGCGCGACUUCCGAUCGGAGACAUUAGGAGCCGAGAUUCAGGGCGGGGAACAUCGGCGCGAGGGCUGGAUUUUCUUCCUGUAUUCCUUCUUUCAUUUUUCUUUUUUUCUUCCAUUCUAACUAAUUAUUUUUACUUUGGGAUUCCACUCUCGACUUUCUAGCUGCAAAGUGUUCAGCAGCAAAAGGUAAACGACAAUGUUUGGGUCCUCUUUCGACGACAAACGCGUAAACUGGGACCAUCGGCACGAGGACUGCAUUUCCUUCUGCUCUUUCUUCUAUUUUAUUAUUCAUUAGAGUGAUAAUAUCAAAUGAUGCAAUCCGCGACUAUUAUUACAACAUUAUAGAAUCAUCUCCCCGGCAAAAAGUUCAGGGUAAAAAUUUGCAUGACCGUCAAAGUGAUAAUAUCCAGUAACGCAACCUCCUUCUAUUAUUGCAUUAUAGAAUCAUUUCCAUGGGAAAGAAUUCAGAAUAAAAAUGUUCAAGACCGCCACAAUGAAAACAUCAAGUAACGCAACCUCCGAAUAUCAUUGCAACAUUAUGGUAUCAUUUCCACGGCAAAUAAUUCGAGGUAAAAUCUGUCCUACCGUCAAAGUGCAGCGAAUUCGAAUUCUCGUUUUCGCGAGACGUCGGCUCGGUUAGGCCGUCGUUUCGAAAAGAUCUCGGAGCUCACGGUACCUCGACGGCUUUCGCGAAUUCACGUUACCGUUUUACUACCGUCAAUGGAACUGUACAGGCUUGCCUCUUAGACAUAGUGCGCCGAAAAGGGAGACUCGUUGCUCGAAGCAGGCGCGAGUAGUAGAACCGCUUUCCAGGUGCCCCACACCGAAGACCUCGCCUCCAUUUUUUCUUUCCAUCCAGGUAACUCGAGAGUUAACUAUCGUGCCAAAAUAUAACUUCAAUGCCAGAAAUCUGGAGCACUCCCCGCCGGCAUUUCCCACGGUUCUCCUUUGUCGGCGCGCUCCUCGCGCGUAUACGUGUGUACAUACGGCAACACUAAAAAAUACAGCAAUACGGUCUAAUAUAUACCUACUAAAUACAUAGGCAGAUAUUCAUAUUGACAGAGCAGCAGAGAUAGAUAUAUAUAUAUAUAUGUAUAGAAAUAUAUAUAGAAAUAUAUAUGUAUACGUAUGUAUGCGGGCGAGUAAGCUCGCAUGCCUGUAUGCGAGAAACUAAAGGAUGCAGAUGCAGGUUCAUUUUAAUAUAUACGCCCUAACGGACCGAUCUUCGUAUCGAGGCUCAAUUUAGAUAGUUAAUUUGUCGAUAAGCACAUUUCAUUCGUAUCGACCAAUCGAUGAAGUCGCCGGAUGACUCGUAAUUGCAUUCGAGGCCGUCAAUGUCAUCCAAUCGUUUUUAUCGACGAAUCCCGAUAACAAAGUUUUACAUGAAUCCAUACAUGUACUCUUAACACGGUCGAAUGACUCACAUACGAAACUGUCGAUUUAAAAUUAAACAUUAGAAAUUUUCACUUAUCUUUGACAUUGGUAAUUACGCGUGCAUUCAAAUGAUAUGAACGCAACUGAUAAACACAAAGUGGUGGAAGAUACCUUGAAAAAUGGUAUAAAAGCGUUUACUGUAAUCGUAUAAAGUGCGAUGAAAUAUAAAAGAACGUGUUUUACCAAUUCCAAUGUCCGCCCUUUCCAUGACAAAUUCAACGUUGAUUUAACGUUUAUUCUACGUUUGAAACGUGAAUUCCACUAUUUUGUGUUUACUGCGCUUGUAUUCUUAACAUGGUACUGAAAUAUUAGCCACAGAUUGAAUAACGUUCAGAUGCGAAACAGCUUACUAUAAAUUCUGCGUUAAAAAUUUUUUCGACGAUGUAAAUUGCGUUGAUUAUUGUUUAAUGAUAUGGAAAUUACGCUGACUUAACGAUAUAACUAUUUAGGUGUCUGUCGAGUCUCCAUGCCGUGAAAUUGACUCGAAGCGUGUCAGUCGGAGAGCGUCGUAUCAAGACCCGAUGUUAGUUAAUAACUAUUGUCUUGGUGUUAUUUUGUUCCUCCGCUCAUCGAGCGACGACUUCGAAUAGUUAGAGCCGAAUUGAGUACGCAUUUUAUGAAUUACUCGUCCCGUGCAAAAUCGAGACAUUUGCGGGUUGCGACGGUCUCUCCGGCGGAGCGCCCUGAAAAGAUUCAUUUUUUAACAUUAACAAUUCAUCCUUUCCGGUCUAAGCGAAUCUUAUUGUUAGACGAACGAGGGCCAUCCCCGUUUAUUUCCUCCCUAGAGCGAAGAUGUUCUUAACGUUACCGCCGAUCGUUGUUUAAACGGUCUUAAUAGUAAGCUACUCCCACAGUGUUCCAAUUCCAUGUCAGGAUAAAUAGCCGAGCACGAGCUGCGAUUUGUUGGCAUCUUAAUUCCACAUUACGAGUUUCUUGAUCUCCCUAAAUCCCUGAAAAAAAUAUCUACCAUUAAUCCACCGUGGUACAAAUUAAUUUCACAUAUCUAAACUAAAGAAAUAACUGCAAUGAAUUUCAAGAAUACUCUAAUUAUACAGAAAUUUUCAUUAAAUUUUAGAAAUUCCAAAAAGAACCGAUUCCUGGAAAUAAUCAUUCUUCGGAAAACUAAUUUAAACGUAACCUAACUUUGAUUUUCACGUGCUUAUACGCGUGGAUUUUAUACAGAAAUGAAUUGAUCGAUUCUGAUCGUGAUAAUUAAUUCAGCGUUGCAAAGUCAGAUCUAUAAAUACUUUUCGGCUGAAUAAUUUCAUUUCUCGAUAUGUUUUGUGUUGUAACUCAAUUUUGCAAUUAAAUCAGAAAUUGUUUUUACGUCAAAUACAUGGAAUCGAUUAAUUCCUCAAACGCGGCAAACUUGAAAUUUAUUCAGCGCCCUCUCUGAUGACCAACUUGUCGCACUUCGGCUCGCUUAACCUUAAGCAAAACUCUGUAAAGAACUGUAUAAACGCUAGAGUAUCUACGAUUGUGAUUUCAUCGAGGUUACCGAUUUAUACGUACUUAGCGGUAGAGAGGCGCGAGCGGCGUCGCGACGCCGCUGCAGCGCCGGGUCAAGUUCGUAGGAUUAAGGUCGACAGUUUUAAUCUGUACCACCCACGGCUGAUCAGGAAGACAGCUACGGGCCAAUUUUAAGUUUAAGUCUGGUUUAAGCUUCCAUCCUAACCUAACUUAACCGAAACUUAAUUAUUUUGAAUAAGAACUCAUAAAAAGCGUUUAUGUAUUCCUUAUCUUAAUUCUCUUUCAGCAUAAACGCUCUCUAUGCACCUCUUACAGUAAAAAAGUAAGUAAGGGUUAAGACGGACGUAUAAACCAAACUUUAUGCUUCCAUUCUAACCUUAACUUAACCCAAACUUAAAUGUUUAUAAUGAAGAAGCCAUAGAGCGCGUUUAUGUUUUCCCUUCCUUAAUCUCACCUUAGUCUUAAUCCUCAAAAAUGCCCAACCGUGACUUUAACAAAUUCCGAGAUUUUCAGGUAAGGCGCAUGCGUGUUAUACAAAAAAAGGGCGCGUGGUUUAAAUGUGCACUUUGAAUAACCUCCAUAGUUAUUCGUUAUUCAAUGCCGCGAUAAUUCGGAUAUCAGCGAAAUUGAACAACGCUGGCUAUCUAUGUUAUUGUUUUCAUUUCACGGUUUCAACAUUAUUUGUUAUAAACUAUUAGUGGAUACCAGAGGAUACCGCAAUGUACGUACUAAGCAUGAGGUGCAAACGAUGUAGCACGCAAUUUACGAAGUAUAAGAAGAUACAAUGCCAUGUAUUGAAAUCGUUCAAAAACUUUCCGUAAUACCGUGAGCUACUCAUUUUUCACAUUUUCGCUCAAUUUGCUUUACGUAAUAGACCUCCUUAUUAGCUAGAAUUAAGUUUGUCUAAGAAUUAGAACACGGAUUAAACGAUCUCUGAAAAUUAGGGCAAAGGAACAGUUAAGUUAGCAUUAGAACGAAAGCUUAAACCAGGCUUGAGCCUCGCGAAUGGUUCGAGACCAAUCGGAGCGUGCUUCGCGGGGUUGGAGGGCGCCGAUUCGCGGUUUCCGCUGGACCGCCGCCGGCCCAGCGGAAAGCGUGCGCGCGCACCGCACACAGGGAGGAGCAUCUCGGCCUCGCGUAUCUUUUGGCGGCCUCGUUUCGCGGCCGAGCACGCGAGAUCCUUUCUCGGGAGUCUCGUGACUUUCAUGAAUUACGCUCCGAUCGCUCCUGGCCGUUCCUCUCGCAUAGCGUUUUAGCUACGUAGUCUUAUGUAGCUUCGUGGUGACUGUAUAUAUGUCGAUAUGUAUUAUUCCCAUAGAAAUAUAAGAGACGAUUCGUUUUAAACGCGACGCCUGCACGUUUCCCUCUCCCCUUGCGCGCGCUCGGGAAAAAAAAAGUUUGAUGAUAUGUUGCGCACUUCGCAAACAAAUUACGAUAUGUGUUUCACGACUUCAAGACUUAAUAUGCCUGAAUGGAGUAAGAUAUCCUCGGAGAGAAGUCUGAAUAUAGAAACGAAAUGGAAUUUUAAUUCAGCUUGCCUUGGUCACAGCGCCAACUUUAAAAUCAUUUCCUAAAACAAAUUCUUGCGACAAAUAUUUAUUUGCUGUUAACUAGAUCGUGGGAAGUUAAUGUGAAUUUCUAUAAAAUCAUCUGCUCGUAAGUACUGUUAAGGAACAAUCUAGAGAACUGUCGAAAUUUCGCGUAUGCGUCAGCUCUUAUAUACAAAAAUUGUAAUAUCCAUUUUUUAUCUGCGCGCGGAAACUUGUUCAAUGAUGUAGAUGGGAAUCAUAUUCCGUUUGCUCAGACCAUGCAUUUUGGUCACCGUAGGCAUUACAGUUUAUUGUUACUAUCUUAAUCACCCUGAUAAUUCAGAUGCGUUAAAACUGAAAGUGUAAAGGUUGCUUUGGUUAACGGACACUUAGUGUGUACAGUACACUCAUGAAAAAUGAUUAUGUUCGUAUAUACAGGUAACCACGCUGGUCAAUUAGUGUUGCUUCCGUCAGGGAAUCAUCUUUUCCGGUAAUAAACUAUUUUCAAUUUAACAAAAGACUUGCUGUCUCGAAAUACUCUUUCCUAACUCGAGUUAACCAAUAACUAAAAAGACGCCAUCUUGACAAGACAUUAUUUCUAAAACAAAUACAAGUAAAUUAAUAAUGCAAUUAAAUGUUAUGCCCACGGUGGCCUUAUUGAAGAGAUAAACUAUAAUUUAACAGCUAGAAAUGAAAACGUUCGCAUUGGUCAGCGUAAUCCAAUAUGGCGGCCCUUCUAGAAGCUUUUCCAUCCAGCCAAAGGACGCCACCGGUCAUCCCGAAACGAAAUUUCACGUGGUACAAUUAACGUGAUCCGGUUAUCCAGGGUCACAAGGUGCUGUGAGAACCGGAACGAAUGGACGAGACGAGGACGUGACUCUGUAAACAAAUCGGACCUAAAGAUUUGAGAUCUCCAUUGCGCCAUGAACUUCGGGUCUCCAUAGAGCGAGCGAAACCUCAGAUUUUCGCGUUGCGAAAAUAACCAGCGUUCACGUAACCCUAGGCAAGUCGUCCGCCGAUUUCAUGAAAAAAAUAAACUACACGCGUCCUAAAAUUAAAGAGCCCCUUUACUAUCCUUAUUCAAAGGUUAACUUACAAUUUAAUCAAUAGAAAUAAAGAAAUUUCAGUGCGAUAUUUUCGCAGUUUGUCCCAAAAUGACGACCUUCGGAAAAGCUUUUCCACCAAAACACGCCACACCCAUCUUCAUGCCACACAGCGAUCUAAAGAAACAGGUUUAAACAUACCCAAGUCAUCUAAACAUCAGGUUUAAACAUUUUGUAAACCUAAGAUUACAUUUUUCUCCGCA